AUGCCUCUUCCAAAGACGAUUGCCGAACCGUACGAGCAUGACGCCCUCGUGCUCCUUCCUGUUUCGGAUCCGCUUCCUGCAUCCCCUGCCGCGCAGGUGAGCGCCCUCGCAAGUGCACUGGAAGAACACCUUUCUGGUAACGACGCCCCUCCACUUGUCCCAAUUACGGGGAGUAUGCGCACGGCGCAGCGCAACGCACAGUCUAUGCAGAACGCGUCACGACUCGGUGCUGCACAGGCGCGCGUGCAGCUCAACGAGGCGGAUGUGGGCCUCCAGACUGCCGAGUAUGAACUUGCCCGCGUGCGGGAGGAGAUGGCAGUGUGUCGCGCCUACGAGCCGAUGUACGAGACGAUUCCGAUGCAGUCCGAGACCGAUUUCAUCGCGUCGGCCAGUCUGACCACAGCCUCUGAUGACGACCCCAUGGCGCGCAAGUACGGUAUUCUGCUCGCGCGCCUUGAGGCUGAGCUCGGAUUUGUUCAGGCACAGGAGAAGAGGAUCGCCGAGCUCACGGCGCAGCGCGACGAGCUCGUCCGCUCGCGCCGCGAGAUUGCGAAGAAGGCGGACGCAGUGGAUGUAUUGCUUGCGGAUUACAGCAAGGUGAGUCACACGAUGCUGAAGCGGCGUAGCUGA